AUGGCUCAGGUCAAGCAAGACCCGGAUCGCUCGUACAUCAAACAAGAAAACAUCAAACAGGAUCCCGACAGCAAAGACACCGUCCUCGCAGAUAUUGACGAGGAAGAUCUGUAUGAAGAUGCGGGCGAUCUUGACUUCACCUCCGCAGGACAAAGCGUGUGGCUCUCUCGUCUUCCUCGGCAGCUCUGGGAGCACUGGGCCCACUUAGACGACGAUGAAGAAAUUGAGAUCGGUACAAUGAGAGUCGAGGGAACGCCAGAUGAUAUCAAGCGAGUCAGCUUGCGCCUACACGAUCGCCCUGAUAACCGGGACAUCCCGAAAGACUACACACUCCAAAAGCAAACGGUCGAUCCUUCGGGUGCAGGAUCGCAUCAUACUCAUAAUACCUACAUUUUCACCGAAAAGGAUAUCCCUGGCGUUGAGAAUCGUAUGGCUUCGUUCGGCGAAACACGAUCGGUCCUAUACGAGUCACAGAAACGCGAAGCGAAGAGGAGAGAACAGGGCAAGAGAUGGGAGCCUUAUGUGCGAAAGACGAUACCCACAGGUGCGGUCAGCGAAGAGUUCAACUGCCUCCCCGUUGAGAACGAAGAGUUCCGACGGAUUUCAGAGAAGCGAGCACUGGAAGCUUUGAAACCUCGAAAGGAAACCGUUUUCAUCGAUAAGAUUCCCGGAAAGAUCAUUCAAGCGCGCCAUGCCCUUCCCAGCGAGAAGGGUCAAUUUGUGCAAGCAACAAAGGCUGGUGGCAGAGGAAAGCCCCAGGAGAACAAGACCACCCGCAUGCCACAAAACGAGCUUCUGGAUCUCAUCUUCCAGUGCUUCCGCGAAUUCCGAUACUGGCCAUUUAAGACCCUCAAGGCUAGGCUCGCACAGCCCGAAGCUUAUCUCAAACAGACAUUGGAGAUGGUUGCACACCUGGUUAAGUCUGGUGAUUUUGCUAUGACUUGGGAGCUCAAGCCUGAGGCUACACACGCCCAGUACUCCAAUGCGAUGGACAAUGCCAAGGCAGAAUUGCCACCAGGCGCUGACGAUCCUUACGACGAAGCAUCAGAGGAUGAUCCCAUGGCAUCUGGAAUGGCCACCGAUCAAGAUGAUAUUCAGUUCGAAAAUGUUUAG